AUGUCUUACGUUGAGGUUUUUGAAAGAAUGGACAAGAACAAAGAUGGUAAAAUUUCACGGGAAGAGUUCGAUCAAGUGUUCCGUGCUUUCUCUCCUUCGAUGACGUCUGAAGAAAUUGAUGAGAUAUUCAAAGAGCUUAACGUUGAUGGUGACGGUCAAAUAGACAUCAUAGAGUUUGCUAAGUGCUAUGUGGUUGACACCGAUGAAGAGAAGGAAGCUCUACUAAAAAAAGCCUUUGAUCUAUAUGAUAUUAAUGGUGAUGGAAAGAUUUCAGCAGAUGAGCUUCAUGUCAUGUUGAAGCGUCUUGGAGAAAAUAAGUCAAUGGAGGAAUGUGUUGCCAUGGUUAGUGCCGUUGAUGCAGACAAAGAUUGUUUUGUUAGCUAUGAAGAAUUCAAGACUAUGAUGAAUUCUAACACCAAGUGA